CCGCCGCCAAUCACACGCUGCGGUCGGUGCGCUCCAAGAUGGCGGCUUCCAGGGAUCCGUAUCGCACAUCAGCGCGUUCCAGAGCCGAGUAUCUCAACCUUCCGACGGUUUAAACUCCCGGCGAAGCGGCCCAGGAACAACCGAGCGGGCUUGAUUUGUCGCCGGUGAAACGCGGAAGCGGUUCCUCCCGCCUUCCAUGGUUGGUUCGUGCGAGGAGCCGGUAAUGGUGUAGGGGGUUGUGUUAUCCGAGUAUGGCCACCGACAACCGGAUCAAUUUUUGGAGGAGAAACGUAAAGGUUCCCGGAAGCGUACAACCAGUUUAUGGAGCACAGCAUCCGCCUCUCGACCCUCGAUUUCGACGCACGUAUCCCAAAGACACAAAGCCCAAGUUCAACAACCUGAAGUCUAAAAAGGCGUCUAGCUUCCACGAGUUUGCUCGCAGCACCAACGACGCCUGGGACAUCGACGAUGAGGAGGACGAAGACUUCCUCAGGAAUCCCUCCCCGACUCCAUCAGGCCUGCACUCGUCCACACAGAACCAGCAGCAGCAAAACGAAGCAGGCGACGCAGAAUCUGCUGUAUCACGUGGACUUUCAUCACCCGUGACACAAGCUGAAAACCUCCAAAACGUGCAGGAGGAGGAGGAGGAGGAGGAUGCAGAGUGUGAGCACAUCAACGGGAAGGUUAUCAAAUCAAGCAGUGACGCGCACCUCCGCACGUCCUCAGUUCACUCCUCGUUGCAGAAGCAGCAGUCUCUCCCAGUCCGUCCCAUCAUCCCGCUGGUGGCUCGUAUCUCGGACCAGAACGCCUCUGGAGCUCCACCCAUGACGGUGCGCGAGAAAAGCCGGCUGGACAAAUUCAGGCAGCUGCUGGCCAGUCCCAACACUGACCUCGAAGAACUCCGGAAACACAGCUGGUCGGGGAUACCGAGAGAAGUCAGGCCGAUCACGUGGAGACUUCUGUCUGGCUACCUGCCGGCCAACAAAGAGCGCCGAGAGCUGGUGUUAAAAAGAAAGCGAGACGAGUAUUUCGGGUUCAUAGAGCAGUAUUACCACUCCAGAACAGAUGAGCACUAUAAAGACACGUACAGACAGAUUCACAUCGACAUUCCAAGAACCAACCCUCUGAUUCCCUUGUUCCAGCAGCCGGCAGUACAAGAGGUGUUUGAGCGGAUUCUCUUUAUCUGGGCCAUCCGUCACCCAGCCAGUGGUUACGUCCAGGGAAUCAAUGAUCUGGUCACACCGUUUUUCGUCGUCUUCCUGUCUGAGUUUGUCACGGAGGAUGUGGAAAACUUCGAGGUGGCAGCGCUGCCUCUGGACACCCAGAGAAACAUUGAAGCCGACAGCUUCUGGUGCAUGAGCAAGCUGCUGGACGGAAUUCAGGACAACUACACCUUUGCUCAGCCUGGAAUUCAGAACAAAGUGAAAGCUUUAGAGGAGCUGGUCAGCAGGAUAGAUGAGGAUAUUCACAAUCAUUUCAAGAGGUAUGAAGUGGAGUACCUGCAGUUCGCCUUCCGGUGGAUGAACAAUCUUCUGAUGAGGGAGCUGCCGCUUCGUUGCACUAUUCGUCUCUGGGACACCUACCAGGCUGAAGCUGAGGGAUUCUCCCACUUCCACCUGUACGUCUGUGCUGCUUUCCUCAUAGAAUGGCGCAAAGAAAUCCUGUCCAUGAUCGACUUUCAGGGCCUCCUCAUGCUACUGCAGAACCUUCCCACGAUCCACUGGGGCAACGAGGAAGUGGGUCUCCUCCUGGCUGAAGCUUAUAGACUCAAGUACAUGUUUGCGGACGCACCGAGCCACUACAAGAGGUAGAGCUGAGGCCCAACGCUGUAUUGUUAAACAUUUAAACUUAGACUGGAAGAAACCACAACGUCCGAGACUGUCGAAUUUCUGCUGUGAAAAUGAAGUCCAGUGAGUGGAUUUUGGCUUCGUGGUUCGACCUGCAGAGCUCAGUGAUUCUGGGACUCUGUACUAAAGGACUGUUGCAGUAUAACUAACCAUAGCUGCACCAUCUUGGUUCACUUAUGCUGUCUUUAAACAUCCACGCUGUGAUACGAAACGGGAUGAUGAAUGUUUGUGAGAUCAUCCUUUUAGUGAACUAUGGAACCUACAGAUUAUAUUUUUUUGCAGAUUUGUUUUAGCAGCUGUCUUACAAGGGAAAUAAUAUUAGAUAAUGAAAACCAGGCAACUAUAAUACUUUUUUUCCCUUUAAAAACUAGUCUGACACUGUUAAAAUAACGUCAGCUUUAGUCCUCUCCCCGUUGUUUCGGUUUAAAGAGCUGAUUUGUGAGUAGAAUUACAGUUUAGUUCAGGCUCAGUGAAUCUGCACUGUACAAUCAGCUCCUUAAAGCCCGUAGUUUCAGGUUUAACUGGUGACUGUGGGUUGUAUUUAGAUCUAAGAGUAGCAAAUAGUCGGUACUGUGAUUCAUUUCAGCUUGUGUUUAAUAUUGAAGGUGGAGGAGCCGAUUCCUUCUUUGGCGUUUUUUAAAUCACUCUGAAAUGCGGACGGGUGACAGAUUAAAGGAAAAACCAAGAUUAAGUUGUUGACAAGGCACACAACGGCCUCAGUGCUCUUCGGCAUUAAUUCUUCAGAUCUCUGGAACUUGAAAUGCCAUUUGUUCAACAGAUUUUCCCUCAUUUGGUGUUUGGUGAUGAUGAUGGUCCAAAGUCUUCCAUAAAUCUUCAGUUGGACUGAGAUUUGUGAAGACUACAGCAUAAAAUUCACGUCGUUUUCAUUAUUCAUCGUGCCCUGAAGAUGGAGAUGAUGUCGUUGUAGAAGAGACAACGUAAAUGUCGAAACAACUUCAUAUUAAUGUGCAGCAACUCUUCCCUCUAAACGGGACAAAGCUGACCUUUAUUCUCUGGAGACAUUUCAUCUUUAGCAAUCAAAAACAACAGUUCAACUAGAAAGUCCCUGAAACUCCCGACACAGAUAGUAGUAGAUACUCCAAAACCAUCAAUAAUCCAAGAUGAAUGAUUGUAACUGAUAGAAAGAUCCUGAGGACGAAGAACACUGGAAACAGAAAGGAUAUUUUUGCCCAUAAUAUCAAAUCUUUUUGCGCAGUUGCUUCAGAUCUUUUGUCAACAAACGAGAUCUUGAUAAAGUCUCUUCUGAGUAAUUUUGGACCCAAACCUCACCAACAAAAUGCUCCCUACAGCUCAAACAGAACCCCUUAAAGUUGAGGUAAACCUCCACUCAAUCUUUGCAGGCUUAAUCGAUGUCGCCUCCCACAAUUUUUGAGUUUGUGAGGCUUUGAAAUGGUACAAAAUAUGCAUCAACAUUUAAAAAAAAGGUGUAUUUGGACUAAAGACAGAAGGGAUGCCAAUUGUUGCUGGUCAAGAAAGGCAGAUAACUGAUAUUUGGAACUGAUAAAUGUAAUGUUUUAGCAGUGUAUGAUGGCAGAGAACCUGCAUAUAUUGUCCAUAAUAAUAGAAUCAGGAGCAAUUAAAUUAGGAUGCUCUUGACUCAGUUUGUCUCCUGCUGUUCUUCUCUAUUUUCUUAAUAUUACAUUGUUCUGUCACUUUUAUUAUCCACUAAGUUCCAGAUCUUGAAUUAGUUGUUGUUUUCCAGACUCCGUUUAAGGUUAAUCUGCCUUCUAACUGAGCCGCUAGCCACUAGCGUAGCUUUAGCCGCUUAGAGAGACGCUAACUUCCCAGUUUGGGUUUCUUGCUCAGACAUUUCUGAGACCACAGAGUGACAACGGACAGAGAGAAGAGGCUGCAUCAGACCUGAAAUAGAGCAUUUAAUCUAACAGUAAUCGGCCAAUAAAAAUACAGAGUCCGAUAAUCAGGACAAUGCAGUUUGUGAUUCGAUCAGCUGCUCAGUUAAUCAUCUCCAUUUGUGGCAUUUCAGUGUUAAAACGUCUGAGCAAACCACUAAAGGUCAGUGAAGUAAACCUGUUAGACUGAAAAUACAAACAACUAACAAACAAAACCUCCAAUACUCAAAAAAACACAACAGCCAGCAGCUCUUUUCCACAUUUUUCCACGUUUCACAGAGAAUAAGUGUUAAUGACUUCAUUCCUACCUUCCUGUGCAGCAACUUCUGUUGUUUAUUUGGUUUUUUCCUUUAAUUCGUCACCCUGCGUCUCUGUUAACAUUUGAAUUUUAGACGUCGUAGUCGGUGUUGCUUUUUAAUUCCACACGUCAGCUGACCUGGGUCAAAUUUAAUAAUGUAGCUCGUCUAAAUUAUACCAUGUUGUAAAGCAGGGGUGUCAAACUUAUCUUAGUUCAGACAUUCAGCUCAAUUUGAUCGCAAGUGACCAGUAAAAUUACAACAUAAUACCCUUUACAUUACCACAACUCCACAUUUGUAUUUGUUUUAGUGCAAAAAUGUUCACGUUUAAGGAAUUAUCUUUUUACAAAACAUUAUGAACUGAAAUUUUUUAUCAGAAAUAUAAGUUCAAUUUCGGCAGUAUUAUCCCUCAGUUUAUCGUUUGCAAAUUACAACUUACAGAUCAUAGUGUCUAGAAUAGAAUAGAAUAUGCUUUAUUGUCAUACAGUGUAAACGAAAUUCUUCUCCUUUUCAGUGCAAGAAAAUCUUAAAUAGUGCAAAACACUAUUUACAAAUAUACAUUAUAUAUAAAGUGUACAAAGGCACAAAACAUUUAGUCACAGGUAUCAGGAACUGAAUGAUUGAGUAAUUUAUGAUUAAAACGGCAAAAGUCAGAUAAAAAAAUGAUAGUAACACAAACAAGACCAAAUAUUAGAAAAUGAGACACAAAAUGACAAAAACGAGAAACAAAAUGACAAAAAAAUGAGACGAACGAUACGAAACAAAAUAAAAAAGAGACUAAAAAAAUUUACAAAUGACAAAAAUGAGACAAAAAAUACAUAAAUGAGACAAAAAAUGACAAGCGAGAAACAAAACAGCAAAAAAAAAUAAACAAGCAAGACAAAAACACAAAAUGACAAAAACUAAGCUCAAAACAGCGAAUAAAUCAAAACACAAAAUGAGAAAAAUAAGACAAAAACGCAAGGGAGACGAAAACAAAUAAAGAAAAACAUAAAACAACAAAAACAGACAAAAUGUUACUAAAACGAGACGCAAAAUGACAAAAGAACAAUGAGCAGUCUAGUGUUUUAUUUUAUCAUCAAAACAACUUGUCAUGAUCUACAAAUUAUUCUAAAGUUAUAGUUUUAAAAAUUUACAAUUUGCACUAAAUGUCUUUGUAAUUUUUACAAACUCGUCCCGCGGGCCAGAGUGGACCCUCUGGAGGGCUGGUUUUAGUCUGCGGGCCGCAUGUUUGACACCCCUGCUUUAGACGAUUGAACCACAGCUGUAGUUUGUUUUGACCUUAUUAUCAUCUAAAAGCCAUUUUAUUCGACAUAUGCAGUCGCUGUGAUAACCACGUAGAAUAAAAAGAAGUGGAAAAUGUGGGAUGGCCUCAGUCAAACAGGAUAAUUCCUUCAGCAGAUGUGAUUAAAUGAAGCCUGUUGGAAGUGAACGGUCGCUACAUGAUGAUGCCUUUUGUUACGAGCAUUAACGCUUGUACUUUAUAUUUGUUUCAUGUUAGUUUGCUGUUGUAUCUGUGGUAUUGUCCGGGUUUAUUUUCACUUCAGUGUUGCUGUUUUUCUUUUCUUUUGUUUUUUUAAAUAUUCUCUCACCUACCUUCAUUGCCAGUGAUAAUUAAAAGCACAGCGUGUGUUUGGAGGAUGUGACAAUCGUUAUCCUUUUAAAGUUUCAUUUUUGGAACUGUUAGAUGCAGGUUUUCAGUUUUGCUCGUGUGAAAAUGUGACCGUUUUUGAAGGAAACGCUUCGUUUGGCUGCAGAAAAACUGGAUCUGAACCUGAAUUUUGAGCUUCUUAACAGCUUUAUAUUCUGUGGUACUUAAACUGGGUCAGUAAAGUAACUUAUCUUUCAUUUAACAGUUUUUGACUUAUUCAUGGUCAGUUUUUGAUAAUCUUGCAUUCUUGAGUCUUCAGCAGCCACUUUUGAAUGUUUUUAGCCUCAGACUCCUUCAUCCAGGUGAGACGUCUGAUUGUGUUUUUACCACCACGAUGGUAUUGAUCACUCCAUGCUGUUGUUUUUAUUUUAUUUUUCAUGUAAAGUUUGUGUGUUCUCUGAAAUGUUCAUAACUAAAGGCUGAUUUGUUUCACGAGUGUUUUAACGACAUGCCAAACCUUUAACAGGCCAAUACAAUCUGUUCUGUAGAGAGCUGCAGUAGUCGGCGCCGGCUUCAGCCUUAAACGAGGAAUUAUUAAAUUAUUACAGUACCUGCUGUAUAUUCACCUUUUUUGGUUUAUAUUAAACGGAUUGUUAUUCUUCA